AUGGCGGACGGGCCUGCGCGGGUGCUGGGACUGACGGCGCUGGACGGCGUCCAGCUCGGGCCGACCGACGCGGCGUGGCGUACCUCGGCCUCCAUGAACAUGGGCUUCGCCUGGUCGCUGUACUUCGACCGGAAGGCCGACGAACGGCUGGCCGCGGCCGCGCCCAGCCUGCGCGGCUCGGAGCUCCUGCGCGACCAGUCGCCGCCCCCGGUGCUUUCCGAGGAUCGCCCCCGGCACUGCGCGCGCGCGGACAGAUUUAGCGCCUUUUCGCGGGGCGAGAAGGCCGCGGAGAAGGCCGUCCGAGAGCGGGGGGCGGGCUUCGCAGAGCACGGGCUGGAGCUGCGCGGGGGCGAGGCGUUGAGCAAGGACAUCCGCGCCUUCGCCUGUCGGCAAGACGGGCGCCAGCUCCGCGCGGCCACUGCGCCCGAGCGAUUUUGGAAGAUCUGG